AUGUCUGGAACGGCGCUCAGGACCGCUCGAAAGCCCCAGAACCGGUCAUGGGGUCACAAGCUAACCUCGUCCCUCGCGGGCUACGGUCGCCGACUGGAGUCCAUGUCGACCAUCAUGAAGCCCAGGACGAGCCCUCGAAGGAAGUCCGGUGGCGACUUCCACACAACCUUCUCCGCGCUUUAUCCGAGCAUGGACUUCAGCGAUUCUCUGUGGGACGACCGCACCCCGCUGGAGCAGCUGCUGCUGAUGUGCCUGUGCUUCGGCCUGUUCCUGCUCAUGAUCAGCGCCACGUACCUGGCCUACUUCUCGCACACGUACAACCUGCCCAGUCGCCGUCACGUGUUCGGCAUGGAGUUCGACGUCUGCACCAAGGAAGUCUGCGUCGAGCACGCGCGCCUGCUCGAGUCUACGCUGAACCGUUCGGCCGAGCCGUGCGGCCACUUCUACGAGUACGCCUGCCACCGAUGGCCUCGCACGGUGGCCGCGGGACUCACCGAGAACACUAGCAACGUGUGGACGCUGCUCAAGCGCAACGUCAUCGCCGAGCUCGAGGGCAUCACGGGAAGACUCGUGAAACAACGGAGCGGCGGCGCGAAGCUGAGACCCGUGCAGGAGACCGCAGUUCAGUUCUACCAGUCAUGCACAAACUGGACGCUCCGCAACGCGGUCGGCCUGGAGCCCCUGCGCGACGUGCUCAGCAACCUGUCGGUGCGCUACUGGCCCCUGUUGGACGUGUACGGAGAGGAGUACAACGCGCCGCGCAUCCUGCUACGGCUGCUGCUCAGGCUGCGGCUGGACGUGUUUGUCUCGCUGCGCGUACAGAGAAGCCUGCGGAACCGCUCUCACUUCGUGCUCAACAUCGACAGCCCCCGGUUCGGCCUGCCCGAGGGCCUGCUGCGCUUCAACUACCCGGACAAAGGCGUAGUGCUGGACCACUACCACGACUUCAUCGUGCUCGUGGCGCGAUUCUUCCGCACCGACGUGCGCCUCUCCACCGUCGCCAGGGAGAUCGUCGAGUUCGAGGAGAACCUGGCCAUGACUGUCGAGGCGGUCUACAGCGAGAAGUCCUUCCUGUGGAGCGGAGCGGUGACCGAGCACUCGGCGCUGAACGACACGGUCAUGACUCCCUUCACCGAAAUCAUCAGCAAGGUCACGGAACGCCUCAGUGGCACCAACCGAGCCGCGCCGGAGGUAGUGCUUUGGAGCAAGGAGUACCUGCAGUACCUCUCGCACCUGUUUCACCAGCCCGUCAUCAGGCGUCACCUGAUCAACUACAUGACGUGGCGCGUCAUCCUGGAACUGGGUCCGUACACGAGCCAGCUGUUCCUGGACAUCCGGCAGGAGUUCCUGCGGCGCGUGGGGCUCGCCUCGAACGCGCCUCGCUCCGAGCACUGCCUGCACGACCUGCUCGCCACGCUGCCGCACACGGCCGGGUGGCUGCUGCGAAACGAGUCCGCCUCGCUGCGAAACUCGCAGAAGCAAGUCGAGAGAAUGUGCGAGGAACUGAAAGCCACAAUGGCUCACAACUUGGACUACAACGAGUGGAUGACCCCGGCCACGAGGCAGCACGCCAUGUCCAAGGUUCAGCGCAUGAAGUUCGUUGUAGGCGACCAGAACGAGGCCCUUGUGGAAGACACGGAAUAUCAAGACACGUACGUCAUUCUCGUCGUCAAAUUGAUGGUUUCCGAAGCCGAACGAGAGUGGCAAAAGCUGGCGUGGUACCGGCCGGAGUUCAUCAACGAUGUGCCGUACUCUUCGUUAGAAAUUUCUUACGAUCCAAUAUACAACACCGUAGUCGUUCCAGGUGCGAUGCUAGAACCACCGCUCUACACGGAAGGUCUCAGCCCUGCACUGAACUUCGGGUCACUGGGAUUUCUCAUUGCUUCGAAGAUGAUGAGCUCCCUAAUAUUCGAAGGCGAGUGCUUACUUCUCUCGUGA